AUCAAGUAAAACUAACAUUUGAUGUAAUUUCUGGAAAAAGAGAAACUCCAAUUAGUGGAACUCCAAUUGGCUUUAUGAACCUUUAUUGCGAUGCUUGGAAUGGCGAUCCAAAUUUACGCCCUAGUAUAUCUGAAAUCCGUCAAAGACUAAAUAAUAUACUAAAAAUGGAGCCAGUUUAUUAUAAUAGCCAAAAUAUUAAUGUAGAUAUUUUAAGCAAUAAAAAUAUAGAUUCUACACAAAUUGAAUUCAGUGGCAUAGGCAAUAAUAAUAUCUCUAUUCAAUGUUCUAAUUCAAUAGGUUUGCUAUAUUUUAUUUAA